CUGGUCGGUGGCGCUGCUCGGCGUCCUGGUGGUGGCUUCGGCCGCAGGUGAGGGGUGAAUCCAGCGGGGAGCGGACGCACCUUCACCUCUUUGCUCCUCAAGGGCCCCGAGCAGAUGCAGAUGAUGGACCUCCGAUUGUCGUCACCAAGUACGGAGCCCUGGAGGGGAAGCAGGUGUCGGUGAAGGGAAUGGCCAAGCCCGUCUAUAACUACCUCGGUAUCCCUUUUGCGAAGCCGCCAGUUGGUCCCUUGAGGUUCUCCGUCCCGCAGACUCCAGAGACGUGGACAGGAACACGAAAGGCGACGACCUUCGCUCCAGGAUGUCUACAGAAUUCAACUUUGAUGGAGCUCAUGUCAGAAUUCCUGAGUAUUAAUUCAGGACCAGCAAUGUACAGUGAGGAUUGCCUGUACCUGAACGUGCACACACCUGUCCGGCCCAGUGACAACAAGACAAAGCUUUCCGUUAUGGUCUGGAUCCAUGGCGGGGGCUUUGUGGCGGGGAAUGCAUUACUCUAUGACGGAUCUUCACUUGCAGCUUACGAGGACGUGGUGGUUGUGGUGAUCCAGUAUCGGCUGGGAGUUCUUGGAUUCCUCAGCUCAGCGGACGAGCAUAUGCCGGCAAACCUGGGAAUGAUGGAUCAGAUUGAAGCGCUGAAGUGGGUCCAAGAAAACAUCAAGAGCUUCGGAGGAGAUCCCAACUCGGUCACCAUAUUCGGGGAGUCUGCUGGAGGAAUUUCUGUAUCAUUGCUCCUUGCUUCCCCCUUGGCGACAGGUCUGUUCCACAAGGCGAUAUCCGAGAGUGGCACUGCUCUCUACAAUGUACUUUUUAACCCUGAUCCAAAUGCGACAGUUCAGUGGAUCGCAGGCAAGGUGGGCUGUGGUCUGAGCACCUCACUGGAGGUUGUGACUUGCCUCAGGAACAAGUCUGGAGUAGAAAUAAUUAACCUCACCGGGACCAAGAUGUUUGCACCUAUAGUGACAGAUGGGAUCUUCCUAACGAAAAAUGCCGAGCAGCUCUUUGAAGCCAAAGAAAUCACUGUGGUCCCCUACUUGUUGGGUAUCACUAAUCACGAAUGUGGUUGGUUAAUAUCAAGGAUGAUGAGUCCACCAGGUUGGAAGGACGGACUGGACAGGGAGACCUCCAGAAUGAUCAUACGUGCAACACAAUUACUGACGGACGAGGAGGUGCAACGAGUCCAGGAAGAGUACAUGGGAGACACACAGGACAGGAUAGAGAUCAGAGAUCUACACCUUGAGUUGCUGGGAGAUGUGUUUAUGUUAGAGCCUACAAUCCGAGCUGCAAGAUAUUUCAGAGAUGCAAGGUGUCCGGUCUAUCUGUACGAGUUCCAGCACAAAACGAGUAUCCUUAGCAAGAGCCGCCCUGAUUUUGUGAAGGCUGACCACGGAGACGAGAUUGGAUAUGUCUUUGGUAGUGCUUUCUGGGAUGGAGACAUUUUGAUAAACGGGAGUGUGACUGCUGAGGAGAUGGAAUUGAGCAGAACUAUAAUGAAAUACUGGGCCAACUUUGCCAAGACUGGGAACCCCAAUGGCGAGGGACUGGCACUGUGGCCACUCUAUGAUCAGAGUGAGGGCUACCUGCAGCUGAACCUGAAGCCGACGGUUGGGAUGAAGCUGAAGGAACAUCGAAUGAAAAUCCUGACCAAAGUCUGGAAUCCCCAAGCUGGGAGCGAGACCACACAAACCCCAGAGAACCUUGCUGGGGCAGAGACCGAGCAAAGCUCGACAGGUGAUAAAGACCAGAGAGUAGAACUGCAGCCUCCAGCAAGCACACUUUAAACCCCCGGCUUAAAUGAACUAACUCUGUGAGCCUGCUUCCAGCUGGGUAUCCUCAAUGCCACUGGAAUGGUUACGCCAAUCCGGUUAAGCAAAAUGAGGGGUGCAGAAGCCUUUCAGCUGAUCUAACCCAACUCAUUCACUAACAAAUUCUCUUCAACCCAUCUCCCCUACUGGGGCAUAGGCAAUCGAAAGCUGCUCGCUUGCCAGGUCGUCUGUCCUGAGCCAGUCUUCCAAGUUGUCUCCAGGAGUAGCCCAUCUUCGAAGAUCCUUCCUCUCCCAGGAAUGAGAUUUUUGAAGAUUCUGUUGGCGUUUCGGUGGCAGUGGGAUUUUAUGGAAAGGAGAUGUUAGCCCCAUGCAUGACCUUCCUCCUUUUGCAGCCAGGCUUGGUGAGGUACACUAACAAAUCAGUAACAGGUAAAAGCACCUUGCUGUCCUUGCAAUAACCCAAUGGCCGAUGUUCCCCUUGUCUCACUCACUGACCCACUCCCACCUUCUCUGCCACUGCUUGCUUUCUCUCUCACACAAAACGCUAGAGGAACUCAGCAGGGCAGGCAGCAUCUAUGGAGGGAACAGAACAGUCAAAGUUUCAGGCUCAGAUCCUUCGUCAGGACUCGGAAUACUAAAGAAUCUGUUGAAUCUCUGGUGUUGAAGCUUCCUCCCUCGGUUUGCAGGAAGGAUCACCUGGUCUGAAUCAUUCCAGUUUCUCUCUCCACUUCAUCUUGGAAGUCUCGACAGUACUUCUCCUAUAGAUGCUGCCUGGCCUGCUGUGUUCCACCAGCAUUUUGUGUGUGUUGUUGUUUGAAUUUCCAGCAUCUGCAGAUUUCCUCGUGUUGUCUCUCUCCAGGGAGACUGCCUUACUAACUUCUUCCAUGGCCUCCUCUUCUACUAUGAUGAGGCUAUUCUCAGUUGGAGGAGCACACCUCAUAUUCUGUCUAGGUAGCCUCAACCCUUAAGCUGGCCUCUUACCUCUUGUCAUCACCUGCCUCUCACCUGCCCCUGGUGGCCUUCCUCCUGCCUUUCCUUCUGUUUGCUUAAUAUUUCUUUAUGAUUUGAUGCCUCCACCCUGCCAUGGGUGUGUGGGUGGUGUCUCUG